AUGAAGAACUUCACCUUUAUACCAGCUUUACUUUACUGCAGCUUUUGUUCGGUUUUAGUCUCUGGGUCUCAGAUGGUGAAGGUCCAGCCAGGUGAAGAUGUGACACUGGUGUGUAGAAAGAAGUCCAGUGGACUAUCCUACUGGUUCAGACUGAGAGAGAAGAUCAAGGUUAACUGUAUCUCUGUCAUGGUUGAUAACGGCAAUGUUCAAAACUGUGACGGAUUUCAGAAGGAAAAGUUUAACAUGAGCUCCAACAACUGCAUCGUCUCUCUUAAAAUCAAAAAAGUGAAUAUUUCUGAUGCUGGACUGUAUUUCUGUGGAGUUAAAAGAGAUGCAGCCAUAGUUUUCAGUGUGAUACAUUUACAUGUGAAAGACACAAAGGCGUUUUAUGAGGACGCAGAGAAACAAAAAGAACCUGAUGUAAACUUGUUCCUGAUAAGUGUGGCUCUCUACUGUACGAAUUGUCUCCUAAUCAUUAUCAUCAUCCUCCUGUGUGUCAAAGUCAUUAAACUUCGUAAAGUUAACACCCAGGAUAGAAACUCGUGUCAAAAUGAGAACCCUGGCUCUCACGAGCUGACCUACGCCUCGGUCAGCUUUGAGAAAGGUGGAAAGAGAAGAAGAGAGGUGGAGCCAGACGUCGUGUACGCCGCCACCAGAUAGAGAAGAACUGCAGCGCUGAGACACUGAUGUGAAACUUUACAGUCAAUA